AUGGAAAAAAUUGCGAUUGAUGUAUACAAUAGUUUGUCGGAAGUUGGAGAAACAACGAAUGAAGGAGGAAGUGAUAUCAUUUCAAUGGUCACUAUGGAUGGAAUUUCAAAAGAUAAAGUGUUCAAGAACAAGACAUUGGUUAAGAGAAGUAUUUCGAUAUAUGCGAUACACAAUAACUUUCAAUUCAAGGUAAGUAAGUUGGACAAGAAAGAGUAUGUGUUGAAAUGUAUUGAUGAUAAGUGUAAAUGGACUUUUAGAGCUUCAAGACUUGGUGGAACCGAUAUGUUCAAGGUAAGGUAUAUAAAAAAUGUCCAUAUAUGCUCAAAUAACAUCAUUUUGGGAGAUCAUCGUCAAGCAACCAGCUCAAUAGUAGGAGAAUUCAUCAUGUACAAGUAUAUCUCAACAAAAACAACAUACACUCCUGUAGACAUUAUAAGUGACAUGAUGAAUACCUAUGGAGUGUCGAUGAGCUAUGAGAAAGCUUGGAAAUCUAAGGAGAAAGCAUUGGAAUUAGUGAGAGGAGAUCCUACAGAGUCAUAUGAAAAGCUUCCAGAAUACUUGUACAUGAUAGAACAAACAAAUCCUGGAUCAUUUACAAAAAUUGAGACAUAUCAGGACAACAAAUUCAAGUACCUCUUCAUGGCAUUAGGAGCACUUAUUCAAGGGUGGAAGUAUUGUAGACCAGUUAUAGUAAUAGAUGCUACAUUCUUAAAAGGCAACUAUGGCGGAACACUAUUCACUGCAU